UCCAUUUUCAGUACCCAGGCAGCAAAACAUACAAGACAUCUUGAAGUCAAGGACUGCUGAGGCAACAAUGACGGUCUUUUUUAUUUUAUUAUUUGUGAAAGCAACGGCCUUGUUCUCUAUAUCUGGCCCAGCCCUUGUGACGAGCAUCAUGGGUGAAUCUGUUCAGAUAUCCUGCCUCUACCAUCCCUUCUACAGUGACAAGGUCAAGUUCUGGUGUAGGGGCUCCUACUGGUAUUUCUGUAGGGUUGUAGUUAGAUCAGAUCAACCUCAAAACAUGAACAAUAAUGUAAAGAUAAUAGACAACAAGAACCUGGGCAUGUUUACUGUUACUAUGAAGGCUGUUAGACUGGAGGAUUGUGAUUCUUACUGGUGUGCCAUUGAAACAGCUGGUCGAGGAGUGUCCUUUGCUGUGAGUGUUCGUGUUUCUGAACGACAUAAAUCACAGAUCACAUCAUUAACAACUACCACAACAAUUGGUACCACAACAACUACCACAACAAUCCCAACUUCAACUUCCCCAGCAACAUCAACUUAUUCUGAGGUAACAACAUGCCUGACUCCCCUGCUGAAUGCAUCAGGUCCAUUGUACAACUCUACAAUAAAUGUGACAAGUUCUGUGACUUCCGAGGAUGACCCUGUGUGGAGAGUUUGGAGACUUGUUCGAUGGAUCCUCUUUGUCGUGCUCUUUCUGUUUCCGAUUCUAUUCAACACAGUAGCUUAUAGAUUUGUUGAGACUUGUUCAUGUGUAUUGUGGCAAGCCGCAGAGAGAUUCAGGGCAGAGAUGGACACAAUUCAGCAGACUGUUAACAAAGGGAGGGUGAACAGCACUUGCGUGUGUUUAAAUGACCGAAACUAAACACCCUUGAACAAAACGAAAGAUCUUCCAGGGAGCCUUGCUCCACUUGGCUUGGCGGCUGACGCCUGUUCGUGAGGCUUCAACAGUGAAAUCUCAAAUGAUCGACCGAUGGUAGUAGAAGCGACACUCUUCCUUCCUACUGAAGCGUAGCUUCCUGCCUUGAUGUUCUCCCUUCUCUCUCUAAACAGUGUCGGUUCACCUGUUUGAGGGCUCACUUUUUGUCAGUCCAUGCCAUCAUUGUUAAUGUCUUGUUAGUGUCCUCUCUGUGUACCAGUUGUUUUGGCAAAAAGUUGUCUUUGUUUGCUUUGAUCUUGCCUGCCUUGUCUCCUUGUGUUUGGGUCAGUCCUCUGCAUUUACCCCAUGACACCACAUAUGGCUACAGUCUGAAUAGAAGACAUACUAAAGGUUUAAAAAUGGAUAAUCACCUAAAUACGAUUUGUUGGCAAUAAAUGCAAA